AUGGGCAAUUGCUUACCGUUCAACAAGAGAAGGAACAAUGCCAAGAAGAAUGACUGUGAAUCAACUCAAGAAGACGUCGACCUUUCCAAAUCCAUGAAUGGACUGUCAUACAGCUCGAAUACAGUACUCUCUACACAAAAAGUUAAUUUAGCGCCAAUUUUGAAUUCGAAAUUGCAUUCUCCAACGUUGACAGCAGAGCACAAUGGUUCAUCUCCGAAAAAAGUUCCUGAAAUUGUCAAGGUAUUAAUAAUUGGAGAAGCCAAUUCUGGAAAAUCAUCCAUUGUGUUAAAGUAUACGGAUGGCAUUUUCGAUGAAGGCAUACCAUCCACAGUUGGAGUUGAUUUUAAAUUAAAAUGUUUACAGAGAGGAGAAAGAAAUAUUGAUGUGCAACUUUGGGAUACUGCUGGUCAGGAGCGAUACCGAACGAUUACCAACUCAUACUACAAGGGAAUACCUGCAGUAGUGAUUGUCUUUGAUUUAACUGAUGAAAAUGCAUUGAUGAAUGUUCAAAAAUGGAUCAAAGAGGUUAGAAAGUUCUCACAGUCGAAUGUGACCUCUGUACUUGUCGGAAACAAGACAGACUUGAUACGUGAGAGAGUGAUUUCAGAAAAAGAGGGUAUCGAGUUUGCCCAACAGAAUGACAUGCCGUAUUUUGAAGUGAGCGCUAAAGAUGGGUCUAAUAUUGAUAAAAUGUUUGAUUGCUUAAUUGACAGAGUGUUAUUAGGAUAG